AGCACACGGCAUGCAGCACGGCAUGCUUAGCUAGAAACGCCGGACAGAGAAGGCGCGCCCGAUUGGAGAGGGCAGCGAAAGCGAGAGCGAGCGAGACGGAAGACAUCUGUUGUGCGAUGCCUUGCUCCAAGCAAACCGCCCGUCAGUCUCGAAGUAGAACGAGUCACCGCCGCUGCGUUUAUGGACACUGUUCAGAUUGUCGCUUCGCGAUCGCGCUAUAGUGUUUCCGUUUUAUCUUCCACAUCCCCGAAACACGUUCGCUAGUAUCUCUUAUCCAAACGCGGGUUUCGCACCGUGGUUCGCGCCCGCGGGGUGUGCCGGGAAUUAAGCGUAAUUGUGUGAAUUAACGAAAAACGAAAAGUAAAACCCUGCUAGCCCGGCUGUUGAAAGUGUAAUUUCCUCUUCGCAAGCGAAGGAGCGCAUAUUUCGGGUGCACUUGCACGGAAGGGCCCGCUCGCCCUGGUCACGCCGCCGGUGUGUAGUGUUCUUUCCUAGUUCUGUGUGGGCAGUGUGUGUUUCACUCUCGCUUUAGGUGUAACACCGUGCGCCUGUGGCAGUGGUUUAGUGAACACGCGCGACUAGUCGCGGGUGGUGUAUUCGCGUAAUUCGAUGGCGAUAUCAGAUUAGAAGCCGUGCACUUGCAUCGGGUGAUGUGUCAAGUUCAGUAAAAAAAAGAAGCAAAAAGAAAAACAACUGCAAAGCCCUUCCCGGAUGGGGGAAAAGAGUUGUGUUCACCAGGAAAAUUGGCCAACUUGGUUUAUCACAUACGAAAAUUAAAAAGAAGUAGUGCAUCGCAAAACAUACCACACGCCCACGCCCUUCCUUGGUUGUCGGCGAUCGUGUACACCUUGAACGUGAUCGGAUACAUUUUGGCCUAAACAUACAUCCAUACACACACGCGUGCGGACGCGGUUUUACGACGAUCUUUGCCCAAAACGAAGGUGAUCGUUUCCGUCUGACAGGUGUCAGAAAGUGACAGUGUGAAAUUGUACCGCGCGAGGCAGCGGCUUACAGUGGACACCUAAACACCGAGCACGCACAAACAGCACACGCACGCACCGGUCGUGUACUGUGAUCCUGGCGAGGCGUCAAGCAUUUCCCUCGAGUGUCCGGGAAACCUAUCCUUCAGUUCUGCCCGUGUUUGAUGAGUAGAGGCCAUGAUGUCCUGCCCCCUUCCAUUGCCAUUGCCACUACUUCCACCAGCAUUGCACGUAGAUUUCCCUCCGGUGCACAUCGGAGUUAAGCGGGGCCUUAAUCUAUUCGAGCGAGGAAGCGACGAACUACUGAGUCAAGCAGCUGUUAUGGCUCCAGCAUCGGACAACAACAAUCAGGAUCUCGCUACGAAGAAAGCUAAACUGGACAGCACCAACACAGUGAUCGGUAUGGGAAUCACGAAAACAUCACGCGUGGUGCACAUCCGCAACAUCCCGAACGAGGUGAGCGAGGUGGAGAUUAUGCAGCUGGGCAUGCCGUUCGGGCGCGUCACGAACGUGCUGGUGCUGAAGGGCAAAAACCAGGCCUUCAUCGAGAUGAUGGACGAGAACGCGGCGUCGCAGAUGGUGACGGCGUUCCAUGCCACCCCACCGUUCCUGCGUGGCCGAACGGUCUACGUGCAGUACUCCAACCAUCGGGAAUUGAAGAUCGAUCAGAACCACGCGAUCGCGAACGUCACCAACGCCCUACAGGCACAAGAUCUCACGCAGUCGCCGACCGGGUCGCCGUUGCCGCUGGCGAUCGAUCACACGAACAGCAACUCGCACAGUGCGUCCACCAACAACACGAACAACUCCACCACGACACCGAGCAGCGGUGGUGGUGGUGGCGGCGGUGGCGGUGCCCCCAACACUGUGCUGCGAGUGAUCGUCGAGUCGCUGCUGUAUCCAGUAUCGCUCGACGUGCUCCAUCAGAUAUUCCAGCGGUUCGGGAAAGUGCUGAAAAUCGUCACCUUCACCAAAAACAACUCGUUCCAGGCCCUCAUACAGUAUCCGGAUGCGCAAACGGCACAGGCCGCCAAGCAAUCGCUGGACGGACAAAACAUCUACAACGGAUGCUGCACGCUGCGCAUCGACAACAGCAAGCUGACGGCGCUGAACGUGAAGUACAACAAUGACAAGUCGCGCGACUACACGAACCCCUCACUGCCGUCCGGCGAGCCGGGCAGCGACGUCAUUGCCAGCGCCGGUGGGCUGGUGUCCGCGAGCGAUCUGCUGCUUUUGGCCGCCGGCCAGCGGCCCCAGCUGGCCCGCGAUCGUCUAGUCAAAUUAGACAAAUCUCCCUAUUUUCUAGUGAACGGCUUAGCGACGCCUGGCGUUAUGCCACCGUUCGGUCUCGGCAUCGGCACGCCGGCCCUCGCCAGCGCUUACGGAGGCGCCCUGCCCAGCCUGAACGCGUUUGCGCUGGCCUCGAACGGCGCCCUCGGUACGCCGAACCCGGCCAACGUGCGAGGACUCUCGAACGUGCUGCUCGUUUCCAAUCUCAACGACGAGAUGGUCACGCCUGAUGCUCUAUUUACCCUCUUUGGGGUGUAUGGUGAUGUACAACGUGUAAAGAUUCUCUACAACAAGAAGGAUUCAGCAUUGAUCCAGAUGGCUGAACCCUACCAGGCGUAUUUGGCUAUGACCCACUUGGAUAAGCUCCGUAUCUGGAACAAGACGAUCCGCGUGAUGCCGAGCAAACAUCAGGCGGUGCAGCUCCCGAAGGAAGGCCAACCGGACGCCGGACUGACGCGCGACUACGCACAAAAUCCGCUGCAUCGGUUCAAGAAGCCGGGUAGCAAAAACUACCAGAACAUCUAUCCCCCGUCAGCUACACUGCAUUUAAGCAACAUUCCAGCUACCGUCACUGAGGACGAAAUCAAAGAAGCAUUCACCAAGAACAGCUUCGAAGUAAAGGCUUUCAAGUUUUUCCCGAAGGACCACAAGAUGGCGCUGAUACAGCUCAGCUCAAUCGAGGAAGCCGUGUGCGCACUGAUCAAGAUGCACAACUACCAGCUGUCGGAGUCGAACCAUUUGCGCGUCAGCUUCUCCAAGUCCAACAUCUAACUGCGAGCGCCCGCUUAUGCGAGCGUCAAUAAAAACGGUACAUCCCCCGCGCAGCAGCAGCAGCAGCAGCAGCAGUCGGCUUCCUCAGCUUCCUGCCCGACGAAACCAUCACCUGCAAACGGCGACUGCCAUCCACCACCAGCUCCUCCUCCACCGCCUCCCCCUCCGCCGCCUCCGGCAUCGAUCCAAUCUGGAUCAGACGCGAUCAAAGCGGCCAUCGCAAGCGCAGCAGCUUCCCCGAGAAAGGCAGCAGUAACCACCGACGGUACCGUCAACACUACCGACCGUACCACCUUAUCACCAUCAGCAUCCUCCUCAACACUGUUGCCAGCGUCAACCGCGACACCGGCAUGAUUGACCGGGUAGAUGCGCCACGGUGCGGGCGAAAUGUGCAGCGUAGUUAAACGGGAUCAGACGGUACUGGAAUAGUAACAGUUAACUUGUGCAGCACGAUUGUUUUAAGAGGGUACGCGAUCAAGAAGAGACAGAGAGCGUAGCUAACUACCGAUCAAUUGACGUAGAUACGGAGGGCUCCCCUUAGUGGUACGUGGCCAAACGCGCACAACACACACCCAGAGCCUACUUAAACGGGGAGGAUAAAAUGAAAUCAAAUGAAAAGAGGGAAGAGGGUGUGCUAAGCAGGGCGAACAAGAUUUCCUCCCCAAAGAGAUUCCGCUCGCCGGAACUCAUGAUACAUGAAUCUGGAUAUUGUAUCCACAAAUUAUACUUCCCAUUGGAGGACAGCUAGCAUACACAUCCUCUCUCUCUCUCUCUCUCUCUCUCACUCAUUCGCUCCUCUCUUUCUAUUUCACCCAGAAUCGUGUAGUAGAAAAGUUACUAGUUGAUUGCUGGCAGGCGUAGAAUGUUUGUAGUGAAACAUCUAAUGUUGGUGUAAUUAAAACUGAUGCAUAGAAGGAAGCAAAAAUCACAAACCGAUCAAAAAACCGUAUUAAAAAUAAUAUCAUUAGCAGGUACGUGCGAUAGUGGAAGCGCUCGGCCCUUAUGCAACGUGCGUGUAUGUGUGUGGGUGUGUGAACGUGUCGGUAAACGGAAGUAAAGAUCAUUCGAUCGGAGCUGUUGUAACAUUUGUCGAUAAGGAAAAAACUGUUUUAUUUUUGUUCAUGUUAUAAAAUCUUGAACUGUUACGAAAUGGCCAAAUCAAUCCUGAGCGAAGAUCGCGAAUAGGUAGAGAAAAUUCAUUGAACUUAUGAUAAAUGCCACACCAAUGUCUAUGCUUUUUGGAGAGGUACUACUCUCUCUUCGAAAAAGCACAACGACGUUGCAUGGCACUUACGCGUGGACACAGCAGUGCACACAUACACAUACACACGCAAACAGUUGAGCAAGUAGAAAACAUAAACUGUGCUAGUAUUAAAAGCUCACCGUAGGGCCCGGAGGAAGAAUAAUGGGUACAGGAUAAUGGUGUAGGACGUUGGGUUAUCGAAUGGCGAAACAAAAUGCGUUUAAUGGGAACAAAAUAUAUCUUUAUGAAAACAAAGUUUACUCACAAGAAAACCGGGAGAGGGUGCUGCUUUGCUGGCCAAUGGAAAUAAGUAAGAAAAAACAAAAGGGACGAACGAGGAAACCGAAAAAUAUCAGUGAAAUUAAAUAUCAAAAUCAAAACCAACGGAAGUGCGAAAGUGAAGUGAGGUGUGCGUGAUGUUUAUGUGACUCCGUGUGGUUAAUCAAAUGGACCGUAUGGUAGUAGCGGACACCACUUUCGCACACGAGAUCACACACAAACACUCUUUAUCUUAGCGGGUAAAGCUGGAGCUGGCCGGGAGGGUUAGGAAAAAUGUGAAAGCAAACCACCAACCAUAUGCAAACCAGUUUGUAACAAUAGUAAGCGAAUUUAGUGAGCAGCCAGACGUGAAGUAGUGUUUGGAUAAUGUUAACGUUUGGAGGAGGAAGGUAAUUCGAAUGGCAGUAGGAGAUGCAUUGCUAUCGCGGGGAAUGCCUAAUGCAGCGAACGGUGUGUGGAGGAGCGGAGAUACAAAUCAAACAAAAAAAAAACCCGCAGAUACACAUAUAUGCAAACAUGUCCCUUCAUUUAUUACAAUUAAAACAAAACAAACAAAAUAUUUAAAUGUUGAUUCAGACAGCUAGCCUAUAAGACUUUGAAGAAAAUCGUAAUAUCAAACGGAAGCAGGUGGAGUAGGCAAAAAACAAACGUAGCUAAGUGAAGAGUGAUUAACCGGACGAAAGCUGGAUGACACUAGGUCAUUGGUUUGUGGGAGAAAAAAGCUGCUGGGCGUACACUAUCGUUCGCGCACACACACACAAAUAAUAUAUAUCGAGGUUUAAAACACUCAAAACGGGGUACGAUCGUUUGAAUCAAGCAAACGGAG